CUCUCAAGGAUACACUCUUGUUCAUCCCAUCGAGGUCCGUAUCAUUCUCUAUCAUCGAUAAUCGGACGUAUUGGCAUUUUUAUUACGCUUUAGUACGGUCUCGUAACAAACGAGGUCGAGCGCAUCUCCCUCAAACGACAUAAACCACACUAGGCCUUACGACUAAAAAGGAAUAGGCCCCGCUGUCACUAUUCUGUUCCUCUGGUCAUUCUACUAAUACAUAUUUAACUAUAAUUCGGUACAUCUGGUUAUAACGCGAAUGACAACGUGCACUGACUCCGCAUUUUGUAAUUAUUGUCAAUUGCAGUGCAGCAACAAAUAUCACCCAUCAAUGCAGUUAUCAUUUUACGGAUGGAUUGUGUUUAUCUUACGAACAGAAACUCCAUGUAUGUAAAUUCAAAUCCACUAAUCGCUAAUCGAUGUUAUUUGCUCUACCGCAGCUUAUUAAGACAUAUUCAUAUUCCACUAUUCUUUACCCUUAUAUUCUGUCGGCACCACAGACCAGUUCCGUCAUAUUCUACCUUACUUAUUUUCGCGAUUUAUCUCGCUGUCAUAUCCAUAAGCGAUAAACGAUUUAUUACUCUGUAUUCACGAUAUUUUGAAUCGCUCACACAAACAUGUUAUUUAAUUGUUCAGAUAGUCACGAAAUAAAUGCAUGUCAAUUUUUUGUACGCUUAAUAGUUUGCUCAUAAUCGCAUGUUAACAUUCCACUUUUUUCCGCAUAUUUACUAUAUUCAAGUACUUUUUUCACAUAAGUAUGACACUUUCGUACAAUACACUAACCCUUCACGUGACACUACUCCAUCAGGUUCUUGUAUUUGGCUCUUGGUUGCUACAUUCUUCCGUCUUCCAGUCUCUGGUACACAUAGUAUUGUAGGUGCAACGAUGGGUUUUAGUCUUGUUAUCUUUGGACUCAAUGCUAUUCAGUGGAAAGGACUAAUUAAAAUUGUUGGAUCAUGGUUUCUCUCACCUCUUCUGAGCGGUUUGGCAUCUAUUGGAGUAUUUUUCCUAAUGCGUUUUAUGGUGCUCAGAAAAGAAGAUCCUCUUGAACCUGCACUUAAACUUAUCCCAGGUUUUUUCGGUACAGUGGUGCUAGUCAAUAGUUUUUCCAUAUUUUACGAAGGACCUUCAAUGCUAAAAUUCGAUAGAAUACCUCUUUAUGGAAUAUUUAUAAUUAGUUGUGGUCUAGGUAUUAUCACUGUUCUACUUGUGAAGUUUAUUUGGGUACCUUUGGUUCGUCGACGUAUUUUAACUGGAGAAUCGAGUAGACAUAUUUUGAAAGGUUAUUUUACUCGUAAGAGCAAAAAGAAAUUAUCUGUCGCUGUAGACGAUAAGUAUCAAUCUAUUGAGGAUAAUAAAUCUUCCAAACGUUCAAGCAGUAAUCAUGAAACAAUUGACAUGGAUACGUAUGUACCUCAUACAGAUGGAGAGGCUGUGGUUGGAUUUCGAAACAAUGUUGCUAGAGGCAAUACAGAUAAUAAAGACAAACUUGGACGAUUUACAAGCGAAAAUAAUGGUGUAAUACAAGGAUUAGAAAAUCAGAAUAAAGUUUCAAGUCAUUUCGAAGUGAAACCAAGUAAUCCAGAUGAAUCAGGUCAUAAAAAAAAUCAGUUAAAUUGGGUUUUGGAUUAUUCAUCAAAUGAUCAAAAUGCCAUCACGGAUGGUAGUCAUAAUUUAAAUAAUGGUAAAAUGAAUGUAUCAUUUCCUCCUAACCUGUCUACAAUUGGUGAAGAACCAGAUCCUAUGGACUCUGUUAAAGAUCGUCCUGCUGAAGCUCAGGUUUUCUCCUCUUUACAAAUUUUAACAGCUGUUUUCGGAUCAUUUGCUCAUGGUGGUAAUGAUGUAAGUAAUGCUAUCGGACCGUUGAUCGGUUUAUGGCUUAUCGCCACCACACAAUCAGUUGAUUCAUCGAAAACUACAGAUAUUUGGAUUUUGGUUUAUGGUGGUGUUGGUAUAUCGGUUGGUCUUUGGAUAUGGGGUAGACGAGUUAUUCAAACACUGGGUGAAGAUCUGACAAAAAUAUCACCCUCUAGUGGUGUUUGUAUUGAGAUUGGUUCAGCCCUAACUGUAUUAAUUGCUAGUAAAAUUGGUCUACCAAUAUCAACUACACAUUGUAAAGUUGGUUCAGUUGUAUUUGUUGGACGUGCACGUUCUAAAGACAAUGUUAAUUGGGGUGUAUUUCGUAAUAUUCUAAUUGCAUGGUUAGUAACCUUACCUGCUGCUGGUGCUAUCUCUGCUUUACUCAUGUAUAUAUUUACAUUUGUUGUAUGAAUUUUGUUUAUUAUAUUAUUAAUAAAUAUUUUAUGAUUCAAAAAAUUUGUUUUUAUAAGUAAAAAAAAACGAAGAAAAGAAUAAAGUAAAUCUCACAAAUCAAUAAUGUAACUUCUUGUUUUUAUCCUCAUUCAUUUUGAGCGAACUGAUUGAUUUUUUUUCUGCUCACUUCUUCAUUUACUUACUAGAUUUCUACUGUUUUUGUUCUUUUUUUCGUUCAACACAUCCGCUUGUAAACAUAUAUGCAUAUAUACAGAAUAGAAAACACAGUUACUUUUCUCCUUUCAUAUUAUUACAAUCAUAACUGAUCUCUUAUUCAUUUGAUAAAUGUUUUCUUACUAAUACAAGUGGUGAUGGUUUAUUUAGUUAAUGUUCUGUUUCAAGGUAAAAUUCCCCUUAAUCUCUCAUCAUUUUUAUUACGUUCAACGUCUGUCGACAUGGUACCCUGUUUACCAGUUAACACUGUACACAGUUUACUCACAUGCAUACACAUAAAAGAGACAAGGAGUAUUUAAAAAAAGAACAGAUUUGUAGCAAGAUUUUUAAAAAUUGUAACAUAAAACAUUAUCUAACUGUAAUUUUGUUUUUAACAACUAAUAUUAGUCCAAAAAAAUUAUUUUUCUAGUUACUACCCUCUUGAUAAGUUGUUUGUUCAAUGAGAAAUUACUAUUAAUUAUUACUGAUUUAUGAUGUAAUCCAAUUAAUCAAUUAAUUAAGAGGAAGUUUUAAAAUUUCUGUUCAGUUGUUUUCUUCUCAACUUUCUUUAUUCAUCAUAUAAACUAUAGGAUACAUAAAUUGAACUUAUGAUAUUACUGUUUGUAAGAAAUAAACCUCGGAUAUGUUUCGCUCAAUGGUGAAAUGACGUUAAUACAUAUUAAGAUGGUAUUAGAUACGUAGUUCACUUUGAACACCAUUAUUUACGGUAAUGUUAUGUUCUUUGAGCUGGAUGGUUUAAUUUUGGAUUUUUCAUUGUCGUCGUGGUCUACAUCAUGUAGAAUAUUCUGAUGGAGAUUUUCAAACAAUAAUAAAUGCUUCGCA